AUGAUGGAGGUGGAUGUGAAUCCGAAGGCCUGUCCCCUCGCAGAUGGCCACCUUACCAAGAAGCUACUGGACCUUGUUCAGCAAUCAUGCAACUACAAGCAGCUUCAGAAAGGAGCCAAUGAAGCCACCAAAACACUCAACAGAGGCAUCUCUGGGUUCACUGUGAUGGCAGCAGAUGCCGAGCCCUUGGAGAUCAUUCUGCACCUCCCACUGCUGUGUGAAGACAAGAAUGUCCCCUAUAUAUUUGUGCACUCCAAGCAGGCUUCAGGACGGGCCUGUGGGGUCUCCAGGCCUGCCAUCACCUGUUCUGUUACCAUCAAAGAAGGCUCUCAGCUAAAGCAGCAGACCCAGUCUAUCCAGCAGUCUGUUGAAAGGCUCUUGGUGUAG